AUGGCUCGACUUGCACAGGCGAUCAGCGAGAUUGUGAAUCCGAAGCCCACGGCUCUCGUUCCAGUGGCCUUGGGCUGUGAAGAGAUUGAAGUGGCAGCUCUCUGCGUCGUACUUGCUCGCGGUGGUGUGCGUGUGACAGUUGCAAAUGUCGGAGGACACCUCCACCAUAUAGUAAAGCUGGCAAAGGGCACGAGUGUGCAAGCGGACAAACCGAUCGAGUUCUGCGUCAAUGACGAGUUCGAUGUUAUUGCAGUGCCGGGUGGCCCAGGUGCAAAAGCUCUGGGUGCUUGUCAAACGCUGACAACGCUGUUGAGAGAGCAAAAAGCAGCAAGAAAACUCUACGCUGCAAUCGGUGAAGCCGUUCAUGACGUGCUCUACCACAAUGCGCUCGUUGAGGGUCCCAUGGCUGGCGAUCCGUCUGACAAGCGGCAUCUAGGCGACCUGUACACAGCUGACAAACUGGUGGUUGCAGAAAACUGCGUGACAAGCAAAGGCCCUGCCACGGCCAUCGCGAUGGCUAUCUCACUCGUGGAGCUGCUUCGGGGCGAAAAAGUUGCUCGAAAAAUCGCCAAAGACAUUGCGUUUGAGCCCAUCAAGACGCGAGCUUAA